CGGCGGAAGCGGCGUGGCAGAGGACCGGAAGUGUGGCAGGGCCGCCGGCGGAAGCGGCGUGGCAGAGGACCGGAAGUGUGGCAGGGCCGAAGGAGGAGGCAGCCGGCUCCACGUGGGUAGAAUGUCGGCUUCCCUGCUGAGGAAGGGGCUGGAGCUGCUGGAGACGGCGGCGGGGCACCAGCCCGGGCUCAGCAGCCCCCAGCAGCGGCCGCGCAAAGCCCCGAAGAGGAGGAAGGCGGCUCGGGGGCCUGGCAGGGACAAGACCACGGUCAAGGGCAAAGUCACCAAGUCGGCGAUAGAGGAGUAUCGGAAGCACCAGGCUGUGGAUCACUUGAAGAAGAACUUGCAGUACAUGACGAAGAGCCGAUUCACUGCAGACAAAACCAUCACGCAGCAGGUUCUCAACCACAAUAGGGGUAGGAAAUCUAGAGACCGUCCCCCAGAGAAGCCAAAGAAGAAAUCUGAAGGCACUGUCUUUACGGAGGAAGACUUCCGGAAGUUUGAGAGAGAAUACUUUGGGCGAGCUGGAACAGUAUGAUGAGAACUCUCUUCCAGCUCCAGGCUUUCCAAAACUGAGUGUUCAGAGCAUGGCACUGACCGUGUCCUCCUGUUUGGGAUGGGAGAUCAGGGGUGUAGGAUGAUACCUCUUGCCAGCAUAUGUUUAGAUGUCGCGUCCAAUGCGAGACUUCACACACAUGUACAGAAUUUGUUAGCAUGGGAUGGGAUGCUGUAGACUCAAAAGCAUCCAGUGAGAUUAUGUUGUCAGGGUGCAUCAUGUUUCUUCUACUGGCCACUUCCAGCCAGCACCUCGCUCUUGUUCUCCUGGAGUAGAGCAGACUCUUCAUUCAAGCCAGAUGCAAACUUUGCUCCUCUGAGGCAGGAUCCUUCUAUCCAUCUGUUCUGGAAAAGACAGCUUAAGGUGUGAGGUCUCAUUAGGGGAAGCACAGGAGAUGAUUUAGAGCUGAAUUGUGGAGCAGCUGGAACAAAUUAUCAGAAAAAAGAAAGAUGCUCUAGGAAGGAGAUGUGAGUACUAUUCAAACCUCUGUUUAGGUUAUGAUCUCUAUCAGGCAAGGACCUUGUGUAAUGCCAUGUAGGCUUAUGGUGUUUGAACAGUAGUCACUAUGGCAGAGAAUGUACUUGAGUACCUCUGUGGUAGAAUGAUUAUUCCAAUAGGGUGGGGUUGGCAGAGGUGAAACAGGUCAUUCAAGCACAAUUCGUUUUAGGCUGUUUCAGGGCUGUGUGAAAGGUCUCUGUGCUCCAUGUUAAUAUAUGAAUAUUUUCUACUUUCCUUCAUUGGACUGCUGAGUGGAAGUGAAAUACAGUCCUUCUGUACUGGACUCCUCCCAGCCUUCCCUCCCACAGAUCUCCUUAUACAGCUGAUAGUUUACACUCAAGCCCAUUAAAUCAAGGUACUAAACACAUGGGGGUGGUGUUGCUGCAUAGUACAGCUGGCCCUAGUAUUAACCCACAUAUCAGCUCCUGUCUCAAACCUGCUAGAUGUGGCUAUUUGUCACUUCCCCUGAGAAUACCCACCCCUCCCUGCCUUGCAAACACCAGCUGGUGAAGGUGAAGGCAGUAUGCUGUUAAGAACUUUUGGCUGGUGAUUGUGAUGCUGGGUCAAUGGAGGCAAUUCUCUCCUACCCAAAAACUAACGCUAAAUGCUUUGGAUGUUGCAACAUGUAGUUUGGCCAGCAGGUGGGGAAGUUGUCCAUUGUACUAAGCCUAUACAAUGUGUUUCUGGAGGGUUGAUGGCUACUUUGCCAUCUGUUAUACUCCCCAGAAAGCAGGAUCUUUGUUCUCCACUUGAAAACAAAGAGGUAAAAAGAAUGAGUGCCCCCUUCCCCCCCCAAAAAAAGCAACCCAAAUAUCCAUUAUGUGAAUCAUUGCUUCUGUGUAAAAUAGCCUGGCUGAGCUUCAGUGUUGAGCAGCCCUGUACACUCUCUUCCUUUCAUUCUCAUUGCAAUCCCCAAAUUUGUUCCUGUUGUUCCUCUUUCCUCACUGGUGUGUUCUACCACCCACUUACCUGCAAUACACAGUGACCAGAUGGAGAGUGGGGGAGGAUUUCUCAGAAAUGCAACGUGGGUGAGAAUCAGGGUCUCCAUUUCACAGAGGGAAAAAACUGAGGCAAUGAGAUGGGGGACAUGAUUUGUGUAAGGUGACACGGGUCACUGGAAGAAUCCCAGAAGUCCCAACUCCUAGUUUCCCCCAGGUCUAAACACUAGACUGCAUUGCUUUCAGAGGUGGGACUGGACUGACUCCCAAGCCCCCAGCUCCCCUGUGCUGUAAAUAUCCCAUGCCACAACAAAGUGGUUUCUCCCUCCUUUGCAGUAAGAAAGGGGAGAUUCUUCAGAUCACGCAGGGGUGGUGUCACGUCUCUGUGGCCAGGAGAAAAAGAAUGGCCCAUGUAGCAACAGGGGCUGAAACUCGCAUGCAGCUUGAUGUGUCAGACCAAGUUUUGUGGGGCUAGGGGCGAGGAAGCUGGGCCUGGGGACAGGCCACUGGCAUGGGCUUGCGGAGCCCUGGGUUCAAUUCCUGCAUGCCCUGAAGGCAGUCACUUGAUCUUUCUGUGCCUCAGUUUCCCAUCUGUACAACGAAAAGGAUUGGGACCACUUGGGAUUGCAAGGGGCUCGGACACCAGGGUGAUGCGGGUGGAGAAGUACUGAGACAGAAAUGUAACCAGUUAACAACUCUGCCACUCCCUGACAAGCCCGUGUGAAGACUGGCUUUGCCGCUCAGUGUCUCCUGAGUUGCAAUCAGUGGUCCCUUCUGUGACUGCUCAGGCCAGGCUUCUGGGAGGUCCCAUGGAGUGAGCAGGGCUGGCUGGGAGUUAGAGAGGCCCUAAGGUCUAGCUGUAAAGAAUUUCCUUUUGAUUCCCUUUGAAGUGAGGGCUGCUGCAGCCUCAAAGUGUUUCAGGUUCAUAGCAAACAGGGGCCCUGCAAAAAAGCCUGAAACCUUGCCAUGUAGACCAAGCCAGGGGCCCAGAAUUGCCUAGAUGCCAGGAGAAGACAAGCCACAUGGACAGCCUGGAUCCUGUGGGGGCCCAGAUCUCACAGACAGCAGCAAUUCCAUGUGCCCGGUCUGCUGCUCUGGCUCAGGCAAUCUGCGAGGAAGAGCUGCAUAAGAUGGGCUGGAAAAGGGAAAUUUGUCUGCUGCCCUUCGUAAUGCUGGGACUGCAGUAGCGAAAUGAUGGACAGAUAGAUGUGUACAGAGAUAGACAGAUACACAAAGGGGCAUGUGAGGAGAUGGAAGGAUUGGAUAGCUGGGUGUGUAUGUGAAUAGCGAGAAGGGUGUGGACAGGGGUAGAUGACUAGAUAGGGUGUGUGUGCAGAGAGAUAGUGAGAAGGGUGUGUAUUGAAUUAGAUAGAGGAGGUAUAUGGGGAUGGCUAGCUAGCUAGCUGAGUGUGCCUGGGGACAGAGGGACAGAGGACCAGCCCACAGAGGGGUGCAUAUGGAGCUAGAUAAUGCUACGAGGUCUGUGUGGAGCUGCACAGAAGACGCCAUUUGCACAGGACAAUAGUUAUUAUCGGGUUAGCUGUGGGUUCGCAAGGACCAUCAUGAGCUGUGGCUUCAUGAGCACCAUGGGGGAGGGAUAGCUCAGUGGUUUGAGCAUUGGUCUGCUAAACCCAGGUUUGUGAGCUCAGUCCUUGAAGGGGCCAUUUAGGGAUCUGGGACAAAAAUUGAGGAUUGGUCCUGCUUUGAGCAGGGGGUUGGACUAGAUGACCUCCUGAGGUCCCUUCUAACCCUGAUAUUCUAUGUUUGGGAAGCCAAGAUAUUAUUGAAACUAGUGACCAAAUACAGCUAAUUCUGGGCAAUAGUUUUUUUUAUUGUACAUGUUGCUUGGAACUUCUUGUGUAAGAGGAUGGAAAGGGGAUUUCUCAAUUACUCAUUUCUCUCUUCUGCAGACAGACUAGAGCAGUGCAAAGACCAGUUCCCUUCUUUUCUUCAUCCGAUAAAGUGAGCUGUAGCUCACGAAAGUUUAUGCUCAAAUAAAUUUGUUAGUUUCUAAGGUGCCACAAGUACUCCUUUUCUUUUUUUGCUUCUUUUGUGCAUGUUCUUGGUGCAGAAACAGAAAAAAUGUAUAGGGCAAUGAGUUGCUUUCCUGUUUUUUUAACUAUACUUGGAAUUUGUUUCAAGUUGGCUACAGUAAGUUUAGAGAGAGCCAUUUUUAAUUUGCCAUCUUGUUUAAAAUAAAUGUGUCAUGCAUGCUGUGGUGGUGGUGGAGCUGCUCUGUAACUUACGCAUAUGUAUGGUGCCAUGGUUAAUGGGGUGUCUUCUGUAUGAAGAUUGGUUUAAUAGGGGCUGGAAGGAAAAACAAGCAGGAAGUGAAAGAACAACUUGAAAUAAGCCACCCUUCCGUAGGGCUGAGUCACCUGAGGGGAUGCAGCUACUCCGGGCUGGAGGCAGUGGCACUGUCUCAGGUUAGGAAGGAAGGGUUGGGUCAAGGGGGCUUAAAAAUUAGGCCUGGGCAGUCCUUUACCCCUCAGCAAGCAAACCCUUAACAGCCUGUAUCUGUGAGGGCUUUAGAGGAUUUCCUUUCCAGCCAACUUGCAAAACCAGCUUUGUCCAGAAGGGCCCAAGUCUGAGAAUGAAGAACAAGAAAUUGGGCAGUUUAAAAAGGGGCUUGCUCACAAGAGAGGAGGUGGUCAGGUAGGGGCACCAGACUGACCAAGGUACCCAGAGGGGAGGCUGAAGAAGUUAGGUUUUCUUAGGCUGUUAUUAGGAGAUGGAAAGUGCUACGCAUGGAGACUAUUAGCUGGUUUUUGAAGUCCUCUAAAUUAUUUGUUCCUACUGUUAAAACUAAAGUAUUGUUUUUAAGACGGUUAUUUGGUCACUGUGUAUGCUGCUGGUCACAGACUCCAGAAGGAAAGAACAAUAUGAGCUGAAUCCAGUUGGACCUGCUGGGUAAGAACAGGUGAUCCACUCCUAGACCUGGCCCUGUGUGAGAACUGUGGAAUUGCUCCCCAGGAGAGGUGAAGUCAUAAGGCCUGACACCUGUGGGUGUACACUCAGAGCAGGAAGAGAACAGAGGUGCAGCUAGCCCUGUAACCAUGAGACAUGCUAAGAACAAUUUUAACACACAUUUACCCAUUCCUAGGAAUUCUGUUUCUGCCUGUAUUAACUUAUCUCAAUCCCACAACAAGUGUGAAGGCCUCUUCAGGCUUGCUUCUGUCCUUCAGGUGGAAGAGCAUAGCUCAGCCCUGUAUGAUGCUUGGACUGAGCAGGCCCGUGAGUCCUCUUCCCCAUCCCUACAGGCUGCUGCUCACUACAUAUAAGCUGAAGGAACAGCACUUUGGAUAGUGGAGUGUGGAGCCACAGGAGACUUCAUUAUAUAUUAAAUGUGCAAAUGCUAGUGAAUGACCAUUAUGGGGCAUUGAGAAAGCAGGGUUAGAAGAGCCUCUUGCUUCACUCAGCCAUCACCUACAGGCAAAGCUGUACCCCACAAGAAAUAGGGAGGAAGGAUUUUAGUGUGCAAGGACUGGCCUGGGUGCUUUUACUUUUAAAUAGCUCCUAUUUCCACUGGGCUUCCAUUGACCGAAGCUCUUCAGCCUGGAAUAGCUGAUCCUGUCAGAGUGCAUUCCCCUCUGUUUUAGGUGUGCGCUCCCACAUUUGAUUUCUUCCUACUGCUGUGGGGGUGAGUACUGGGUUGGAUGAGCUCACUGGGGCUAGACUCCUGGCUCUGGUCCCAGAUCUGCACCACUGGCUGAGUAUGCUGCAACAGAAAAUAAAGAUUGCUACUGCUAGGGGGCUGUCAUCUUAUGUAUAACUUUUCCCACCCACAGGGAGGAGAAAGGUGGCAGCAGCACCUUUAAUAUAAAUGUAAAUAACAUGCGAGUCUGGCAAUGGUCUACUUCUGGCAGAGGAAUUACAGGGCAAAGCAGUCUCUGGGUGUUUAGUAUUGGGCUAGCCCAGGGGUGGGCAAACUUUCUGGCCCAAGGACCACAUCAGGGUUGUGAAACUGUAUGGAGGACUGGGUAGGGAAGGCUGGGCCUCCCCCCCGACUGCCCCCCUCAGAACCCCUGACCCAUCCAACCCCUCCCUGCACCUUGUCCCGACUGCCCCCUCCUAGGACCCCCCUGCUCCCUGUCCGAUGACUGCCCUGCCCCCUAUCCACACCCCUGCCCCAUGACAGGCCUCCCUGGGACUCUCAUGCCUAUCCAACCCCUCCUGUUUUCCCCCCCAGCCUCCUCCACCCCAUCCAACUGCUCCCUGUCCCCUGACUGCCUCCCAGGACCCCCUGCCCCUUCUCCAACCCACUCCCUGCCCCCUUACCAUGCCGCUCAGAGCAGCAGGAGCUUGCAGCCCAGCUACAGCCAGCCAUGCUGCUGUGCUGGCAGCAUGGUGAAGUGAGGCUGCAGGGGAGGAGGGACAGCAGGGGAGGGGGCUGGGGGCUAGCCUCCCCAGUGGGAAGCUCGAGGGCUGGGCCAGACAGUCCCAGGGGCAGAAGUUUGCCCACCUCUGGGCUAGCCUAUUAUGAAUCGGGUCCAUAAAGCCAGGGUGUGGCUGACACUCCUCCUACAACACCAAUGGAAAGCAAACUGGUAGAGUCAAUGUUGACAUGCACUCAGAGUUAAUACAAGCUUUGUUGGUACAAAAGAGGAAGUAUAUACUAGAUCCAAGGACCCGCCCCACACUGGAAAUUGAAUUUAGAGAGUGCCUCUAAGUGGUUCUCUACUGCAAGUAUGAUGCAGAAGGAGAGAGGAGGUCUCCAAGGUAGCCAGAACCCAGACACCUUUAAUUGCUAAAAAAUUGGCACAGACAGGAAAUAGUUACACUGUACAUAUUCAGUGCAGAUGUUACCAUGUCUGGAGGAUUAAGUGAUAGGGGAAAUAAAAGGAAUGGGGUUUAUUCUCACUGGAAAAUAAAUGUUGCCCCCAAAAAGGCUUUCAGAGAAGAAGAGGUUGAUAAUCAGUAGCAGAAUUGUUACAUAGGGGUUAGGAGAAAGGAGGGACAGUCUCAAAAGGAAGAAGAUGAGGGGAAACCAGGAAUUUAGGCAGAACCAAAUCACAUAGUGGAAUAAGACACCAGGAAACAUAAGAGAGGCAAAGGAUCCGUUUGCUCAAGAGGCACCUUGACUGCUUUCUGGAGAGUAGACUGAAGGUUGUGCUGGGAUGAGAGAGGGGGAAGGGGCUUGGGCUGCCAGGCUCUGGCUUUUGCCUGAAAUAGUCUGACCAGAAUAUCCUGCCUUAUCCUGCUGGUUAACGCAGUUCAGUGGCACUAAGAGAGAGUGCUCAUCUCCCAAAGGGCAGCAUGUCCUUGCUGCUAUUUCUGGGCUUCUUGCCCAGAGAUGCUAGUCGGAUUUUAUCACCCUUUACUUUCACUCUGCAAAGCUGCAGUGGGGGAUUUAGGCUUGCAAACAAAGUACAGGAGUUCAGCUGUUUUCUCAGGACAGCAAAGGAGAAGGAUGGCAUCUUUAGGGGUGGUUUGCUUUUCUAUUCAUAUUUACAGAGAACUAGUACAAGCACCUGGAUCUAAAAACAGGUUGAAGAAGAAGUUAUCGGCACACAACAGUAGCAGAAAUAAGGUGGUGGGAAAGAGGACACACAUGGUCAGAGCAGCUUUUCAGGAGACUGCAGCCUGCCUGUAUUGUCAC